AGGCCGCGUCCUCCGUCCCCUCUCGGACCCCGGCCCUGGCCGUGGGCCUGUCGGGACUUGUAGUCCCCGGGCGGAGGCCGCGCUCGGCGCGGAGGAUGCGGGGCGCCGCCUGCGCCCGCCUCCCGCGAACCUGCAGGCCGAGGUGGGGGGCCCCGGGAGGAGCCGUCGGGCCGGUGAUUGGCCGAGGCCGCCCCCAGCCCCCUCCCCGGCCCCUCCCCCGCGCGGCGGGCGGCGACCGAGGAGCGCGCGUGCAGCCGCCGCCGCCCCAGCUCCCGCAGCUCCCGCAGCUCGGCCGCCGAGGGACCGCGGAGAGACGCACGCCCGGGCGAGCCUCGCCGCCGCAGCAUCCCGGCAGAGAACAUGCUUGCCAACUCAGCCAGCGUGCGCAUUCUCAUCAAGGGGGGCAAGGUGGUGAACGAUGACUGCACCCACGAGGCCGACGUCUACAUCGAGAACGGCAUCAUCCAGCAGGUGGGCCGAGAGCUCAUGAUCCCCGGAGGCGCCAAGGUGAUCGACGCCACCGGGAAGCUGGUCAUCCCCGGCGGCAUCGACACCAGCACCCACUUCCACCAGACCUUCAUGAACGCCACGUGCGUGGACGACUUCUACCACGGGACAAAGGCGGCGCUGGUGGGCGGCACCACCAUGAUCAUGGGCCUGGUCCUGCCCGACAAGGAGGCCUCGCCCGUGGACGCCUACGAGAAGUGCCGGGCGCUGGCCGACCCCAAGGUCUGCUGUGACUACGCCCUCCACGUGGGGAUCACCUGGUGGGCACCCAAGGUGAAAGCCGAAAUGGAGACGCUGGUGAGGGAGAAGGGCGUUAACUCGUUCCAGAUGUUCAUGACCUACAAGGACCUGUACAUGCUGCGGGACAGUGAGCUGUACCAAGUGCUGCACGCCUGCAAGGACAUUGGGGCCAUCGCCCGGGUGCAUGCGGAGAACGGGGAGCUGGUGGCCGAGGGUGCCAAGGAGGCGCUCGACCUGGGAAUCACAGGCCCGGAGGGAAUCGAGAUCAGCCGCCCCGAGGAGCUAGAAGCUGAGGCCACUCACCGCGUCAUCACCAUCGCCAACAGGACUCACUGCCCCAUCUACCUGGUCAGCGUGUCCAGCAUCUCGGCCGGGGACGUGAUCGCAGCUGCUAAGAUGCAAGGGAAGGUGGUGCUGGCCGAGACCACCACGGCCCACGCCACGCUGACGGGCCUGCACUACUACCACCAGGACUGGUCCCACGCCGCCGCCUACGUCACGGUGCCGCCCCUGAGACUCGACACCAACACCUCCACCUACCUCAUGAGCCUGCUGGCCAAUGACACUCUGAACAUCGUGGCGUCAGACCACCGGCCUUUCACCACCAAGCAGAAGGCCAUGGGCAAGGAGGACUUCACCAAGAUCCCGCACGGUGUCAGUGGCGUGCAGGACCGCAUGAGCGUGGUCUGGGAGCGCGGAGUGGUGGGAGGCAAGAUGGAUGAGAACCGUUUUGUGGCCGUCACCAGCUCCAACGCAGCGAAGAUUCUCAACCUGUAUCCCCGCAAGGGCCGCAUCAUCCCCGGAGCCGACGCCGACGUGGUGGUGUGGGACCCGGAGGCCACCAAGACCAUCUCGGCCAGCACCCAGGUGCAGGGAGGCGACUUCAACCUCUAUGAGAACAUGCGCUGCCACGGCGUCCCGCUGGUCACCAUCAGCCGGGGCCGCGUCGUGUACGAGAACGGCGUCUUCAUGUGCGCCGAGGGCACCGGCAAGUUCUGUCCCCUGCGGUCCUUCCCAGACACCGUGUACAAGAAGCUGGUGCAGAGGGAGAAGACCUUGAAGGUGAGGGGCGUGGACCGCACCCCCUACCUGGGGGACGUGGCGGUGGUGGUGAACCCUGGGAAGAAGGAGAUGGGGACGCCGCUCGCGGACACCCCGACCCGGCCCGUCACCCGGCACGGGGGCAUGAGGGACCUGCACGAGUCCAGCUUCAGCCUCUCCGGUUCUCAGAUUGAUGACCACGUUCCAAAGCGAGCUUCAGCUCGGAUCCUCGCUCCUCCGGGAGGCAGGUCCAGCGGCAUCUGGUAAAGGCGCCGAGCAGCCCCCGAGUGAGGACGCGCCGCUCCACCAACCCGCACCCCUCCGGCCGGCCGCAGAUGUGGGCGGGAGAGGCUGGGCGGGGACGCCACCCGGGGCACCUCCCCACCUGCCGCGUGAGUCACUGUGCUUCAAGCCCACCCAACAGGCACUCGGACACGACUUCCUCCUGCCAUCGCCCUUUCCUGCCUCCGCCCGGCAGCCCCACCCCACUCUGCACCAGCCUCCGCCUGCCCAGACUUCAGUGCCCUGUCCCCUGGCCGCCCCGCCAGCUGUCCAGAGCACUUUGAAAGGAAAAGGAGGCCCGAGGCAGCCACACCCAGGACGCCUGUCUUCCUUCCGGGGCCCCAGGGUGUGGCUGGGACUGGGACCCCCUGCACCUUGGCCAGCUGCCCCCACACUCUCCUCGGGCGGCCGGGCCAGGCGCGUGUACAGGAUUUUGUUUUGCACGUUUGGUUUGCGCGGUGGUUUGGUUUGACUUGUCUGUGCAUCCUGUGAAGACUGACGGUGCUUCGUGACACUAGCAUAGCGUAGAAACGGGGGUAGAUGUGACCUAGAGACGCAGCACGAGGGGCACCACCCAGGCAGCCUGGGUGCUGGGUAGGGACGCCCCUCCCCCAUCCCAGACCCUCCUUCCCUAGAUGCCUCCACCACGAGGGGCACCCUGGGACCCCCAGAAGCCGGGUGGUCUCUGUCCUCUCGGGGCAAGCUCAUUGACACCCCCCCCCACACACACACACACACACACACUUCCUGUCACCUCCCGCCUGCUGGACUGAGGUCCUGCUCCUCCUGUGUGAUUGGCAGUGGGGCUCACGCCUGCUAGGAGAGGGGGAGCGGGCUGAGGGGGAAGUGGUGGGGGGAGCAAGAUGAGGGGGAGUGUGGUGAGGGGGCGGGAUGAGGGGGAGCAGGGUGAGGAGGCAGAGGUGUGAGGAGGUAGGGGUGAGGGGAGCGACCGUGGUAUGCCAGGGAGGAGCAGGCCUGCAGGACCCAGCCCCCCCGAACAGCUUCUCUCCUGCUUGGGGUCCCUCCGUGCCCCGGAGCCAGCCUCGGAGGCCCCCUGGAGUUGGCUGUGGGAAGACUAACACUAACGUCCGGGUCACGUCCCCCCACCUUCAUGGCCCUCGGCAGCUCCUGGUGCUGCGUGCGAGUUCCUGUCGCCACGUUUGGGGUGCGCCCCGAGUCCCCCCUGCACAUGGCCAGCCUGUCCCAGCAUGUCUGAGAGAUUCCUGGGGGACCCCCCCAACCAAUAGACCCCACAUUAGGUCCAUGGGUGCCCUUCAGAGCCGGACUGUGCCCCCCCCACCUCCCCAUGGUGGGGUGACGCCUCUGGCCAACCCCGCCCUGCAUUCGGCCACCCCCAAGUCUUACUCCCCGGCAGGCAGCCCGCUUGUUUUGCACAGAUUUCUCUGAGCGAUGCACGUAACGGCCACGUCUGAGCCAGCGCCUGGGCCGCAUGGGGGGUGCACCCCGUGGCCUGAGCUGCCCCCGUCCUCACACCUCCCUCACUCACGCUCAUCUUCCCUGCCUUGGGGCGGUGGCUGCCCGGGGGCCGGUUGGUGGGGACUCUGGCCUGGCAUGCGGGUCCCCUGCAGCCCCGCUGGGUCCCAGGCCCCGGGCAGAUGCCAAAGAGCGGUGGUGGGCGCGGGCAGAGCCUGGCUGCGUGCGCCGGGAAAGCUUUACCUCCUCCGAGUGCCUCUGCCCGAGAGACGCGUGGCCGUGGCACUGGGAGGCCACGUGUGGGAGUGACCCACCACCGGCCUGCCGUCCAUCCAUCCCCACCCGGACCCUCGCAUUGACACCCCCCACCUUCCCCCGCUGCCCAGGAGCGUCUAGAUGCGAAGGAGCCCAAGGAGGGGCCACCCCUCCACCAGUCCCCUACCCGCCCCCGCCCCGCCGCCCCCUGCGUGCCGUGAGGAGGGUCCCUGGUCACACUGAAUGCAGCUCCCACCGGUGUGUACUUCCUGAAUAAAUACUAUUGUUCUUGCCUUAGCUGCUCUCUAGGUUUGUGGGGUGAGUUCACAGAACAUUGUGCUACUGUGUGUGCGUGUGUGUGUGCGUGUGCGUAGAGCUAGGAGUCCCGGUAGGUCUCUGUCGAGCCACGAGGGCUUUUCCCAGAUUGACCCAGACGCCACGGAAGCCCCACGCGUGGAGCCCCCCAGCCCCCUCCCUCCCCCGCUGCCCCCGGCGGCAGGCACAGCCUGGGGGCGGCAUGGGGUCCCGGCCCGGCGCCCAGCUGACUCCCAGACUCCUCUGUAAAUGUUAUGGUGCUCGGACGGUGUGGAACCCUCCCGGGGGGGACACGCUGUCCUGUGCUUGGGCCACCCAUUGGAGGCAAAUCCAAGCCACCCCACGCGUGUUCUGGUGCAGGUUUGUAUUAAACUGUAGCGACUUCUUCACUCGG